AUGGAUAAGAGAAUAAGUAUCAAAAAAGGACAAGAAAUUAUUAGAAAAUUUUUGGAAUUACAUAAAGUCAAUUCAUCACCCUAUCAUCACAAUAACGAAUACCUUGUAUUGGAACAUUUGGAUUGUUUGAAGGAUGUUUGUGAGAACGAACAAUAUUUUGCUAUAUUGAAAAGCGUUUUAAUAAAUCAUUUGGAGACAAAAUAUAGCGAAGAUAAAUUAUCUGUGAGGAAAGAGAGAAAGAUCAAUAUGGAAACAAAAAAAAUCGAGCCCGAAAAAUAUCAAUACGCUUACGGAGGAGAAAAAGCAAGAUUUAAUGAAAUAGAGAAAUCAUGGCGAGAAAGAGAUUAUAGAGACAUCAUAGAUGAAUGUGAUACUUUGCUUGGACAUUUUGUAAAAAACCUUCAUGAAGUAAAAACCGGAAAAGAAUUUUCGUUCACUGAUAAAAAGAAAGACCAAGAAAUUGAAGUAAUUUUAAAAGAAAUAACUUCCUCUCGUGAAUUGUCAGAAUUAAAAGGAAUUUAA